AUGGUUCAGUUUAGUCAAUUAAUCAGUUUUUCUAACAAAAAUUUAGAGAAAAACAUAGAAGACAAGACACCGACUGCGCAUAUGGAGGAAGAAAAAUUGUACUUUGAUGACAAAUACAUCGAUUUUUCCAUAAAAGUUGAGAUAGAAGAUGCGGAAUGUUUUUCCGGCAGCACCUCAUCACAGUUUACGUUUUAUAUUGGAACUCUGGACCAUUAUAGUCGUUUUGUGUCGGCGUACAGAAUCGAAUUUUUUGAAUUCGCAUGGAACGCCGAAAACAACACCCGAUCGUUCAUUGGAAGCGGAAAAUCUCAUAAGGACUACUCAUGUUUCUAUAAGGCAAUGCACGAUUGCGUUCCAAGAGCCGACGUGAUAUUUAUUCGAUUCGACAGCAUACCAGACGCUCCUUGGGCAAUUGAAAAAAUAACAGUGCGCCUAGAUUUCAACACAGGACAUUACGGCGUUUACAGAAAUAUGUGGCGAUUCGACCACCCCGUAUUGAUGCCGUGCAGGUCUUGGCUAAAAGACAAUCACAUGUAUCAGAUUGGUCCGCGUACCGGUCUAUUUAUCGAACACGAGUACGAUUACUUCCCGAAAGAAGGAGAGUGGAUAAGAGAUUGGGUCUGAUACACAUCGAGUUUCACAAGUUCUUGUUGUUGGUUACAUGUUAUCGUUCAAAACAUAUUCGG